UUCCUUCCCAUUAGCCCUGCUGCUCACGAGGGAAAGAGAGGUGAAAGAGGAAAGUGCUGCAAAGGAAGGGAGGGUGUCUCAGUGACGGCUUAGUGUGCGUCACCAUGGAGUCACAAGAAGUCUUGGGGAUUAGUUACAAGCGGUGGGAUCAGCCCAUGGACACCGUCGAUCUGAAGGACAGAGGCGAGGUGGACCCUACGGCGGGCGUCACCUACGCCUGGAGAGACCUUAACGUGUACGCCGGUGGAGGAAACAUCUUCAAGAAGAAACCAAAAGUACACAUCCUUAAGGACGUAUCGGGCGUAUGUGAGGGUGGACAGAUGCUGGCCAUCAUGGGCGCCUCGGGGGCGGGCAAAACAACGCUCCUCAACGUCCUCACCUACAGGACACGAAAGCUGGAAAUCACAGGCGACAUACACAUCAACGGACGACCCGUGGACAUGCGGACCAUCGCGGGAGUGUCUGCCUACGUGCAACAGGAGGAUCUUUUCACGGGCGUCUUCACCGUUGAGGAACAACUUCACUUCAACGCCCAGCUGAGGAUCGGCAAGGAGGUGUCAGACGCGGAGAGGAAGCGAAGGGUGGCCGAGGUUAUGACGGAGCUCGGCCUCAACAAGUGCGCCAAGACCAACAUCGGCAUCCCGGGCCGCAUCAAGGGCAUAUCAGGCGGAGAGAAGAAACGCCUUGCCUUCGCCUGUGAGAUGAUCACCAACCCGCUGCUGCUGCUGUGUGACGAGCCCACCUCCGGCCUGGACUCCUUCAUGGCCCAGAGCGUCGUGAAUGCCAUGAAGAAGAUGACGGAGCUCGGCAAGACUGUCAUCGCCACCAUCCACCAGCCCAGCUCAGAGGUGUUCGCCAUGUUCGACCGCCUCCUCCUGCUUGCCGAGGGACGCGUCGCCUUCUUGGGCACCGUGCAAGAGGCGCAUCGAUUCUUCACCAGGUUGGAGCACCCCUGCCCACUGAACUACAAUCCCGGUGAUCACUUCAUCUACACGCUGGCCAUCCGGGGAGGCAUGGAGGAGGAGUGCCGCCAGUUCGUCUCCCACGCCUGCGACUCCUUCAGAGAUGGCGAGGGUAUGGAGAUGAGGAGGUACAUCGAUCAAGCCAUGCAGCCACCACAAGGCGAGGACGGCCUGGCCAAAAUAAGGCUGCCCAAGAGUCCCUACAGAGCUUCGUGGUUCAAUCAGUUCGCCGCCAUGACACGAAGAGCCACCCUGGAGCAGAUCCGUGCCCCGGUUCUGCUCACGGUGAAACUCUCGCAGUCCUUGUUCUUCGCGAUAGUGUUCGGAUUGAUCUACUUGGACCUGGACAAGGACAUAAUCACCCCGACGUCCGUGGCGAAUAUCAGCGGCGUUCUCUUCGUUUUCGUCACCAACAUGUCGUUCUCAAAUAUGUUCCCUGUGGUCACGACCUUCUCAGCAGAAAUGCCUUUAUUCUUACGGGAACACUGGAACGGCCUAUAUCGCACCGACGUCUACUUCCUCACACGUAACCUUGUAGAGCUGCCCUUGUUCAUCCUCAGCCCCUUCGGUUUCAUGGCCAUUGCCUACUACAUGGUGGGGCUCAGACCAGGAGCAGAACACUUCUUCCUGGCGUCCUUCAUCAUCAUCAUCGUGGCUAACGUCGCUGUCUCUUACGGUUACAUGAUCUCCUGCUUGGCCAAAAACUACCAGACAGCGCUGGUUCUCUCCACGCCGCUCACCUUCCCCCUGUUGCUCUUUGGCGGGUUCUACAUGAAGCCUGGGACUAUCCCGCCGUACCUGGACUGGCUGAGUUACCUGUCGUGGUUCAAGUACAGCUUCGAGGCCAUGACUAUCAACCAGUGGAUUGACUGGGGCAACGUAACCGCCAUGAACACUAGUGUGAAUCUCGAGGACAAAGUGAUGGAGAAACUUGGCUUUGAUUUGGAUAAUCUGUGGGUGGACAUCGGAGCCAUGCUGGGCCUAAUGGUGGGCUACCGGAUAGUGGCCUUCCUUUUCCUCCUCUCCAAGACCUUCAGGUAAACUGAGGUGGCUUUCCUCUCCUCCGUAUGUGACCACCUGGCCUUCUGUCAGUCGCUGCUACUCCACACAAACUCCUCUAUUCAGAAACACUGCGCUCUCACACCACGACUACCUUCAAAGACCACAGAGAUUACUAGUCGGUUCCUCAAGGCUGUUUCUCACUUUAGUACUGUAGAAAUGUUGUUAACCUAUCACAAAACUUGCAAAGAAUUGAUGUAAAGAUAUGCGCAUCUUCUCUCUGAGCCUUUUGAAAGUGAAGAAGGUGGAACGCAUAGAUAUUUCAUAGUGGGUUUCAAAGCGCGGCUGAAAGGGAUCCAGCCAUCAAUCAGUACACUUCGGGAUUUGAUCUUUUGGUGAUCUUGUGAUGUGAUGGAUCUUUUACUUCGCUCGCCACGUUAGAUGAUUUUCAGAUUCGAAAGAAUUUUUGCACAUUUUUUUUUCUUUAUGUAGGAAGGGAAUAGUCGCUGAGCUUUAUUAUUAUCAUUGUCAUUAUUAUUGUUAUUUUUACCAUUGAUGUUAUUAUCAUUAUUAUUAGUGUAGGUGUUGUUGUUGUUGUUGUUGUUGUUGUUGUUGCUGUUUGUGUUGUUGUUGCUACGUUUCCUCAUCGUCAUUAAUGUUAUGGGCCUCAUUGGUGUCUGUACCCCCGACCAGCGCCAACACUCAAUCUUCCUCAGUAAUGAAGAUGUCCAUAUUCUAAAGUUUCCACCUGAGUGAAUUCCUCCCAACUGUUCCACCCACAAAAUUUUCCCUUCAAAAUAACAACCCGGUGUGAUAGAUAGGGUUAGAUCAGGUCUGCGAUAAUUUACUAAUGGGGUCAGUACUCUACGGGGAUAUUUCCAUCGAAUCGUCCAUUACUGGGUCUCAUUUGGUGUGAUUUGCAUAAAAGUGAAGGUUUCGCUGUUAUCAGUCAUCAGUACUUUAUCUUAAGAGUGACCUUUGUGUAUCAUAUGUAAAUAAGAGACAGUUGUUAAAUUAUUCUGUAGAAAAUUAUAAAAAGUUGAGUAAAUUUGUUCUGUUAGUGACGAACGUUAUUAAUAAAUUAGAAGUGUUUAA